AAAAGAAUAUAGAAAGGGGAGAUCCAAUCCGGUUUCAGCUAGUUUCUGUUCCGAUAGACCAUUAAUGCUUGCUUCAGUGUUUCCUAGACCUGUUUUUUACACUUUACCUGCCAGUGCGUAAGCUAUUUUAAUUUAUUUCUUCUAAAAGCAUACAAGCUUUAAGCAGCCAUGCCGAAAAGGAGCAAAGCUAACAAUGACACUGAAGCAGCUGGGCCUAAAAGACGGUCCGAGAGACUUCAAGGUAAACCCCAAACGCCAAAGUCUGAGCCCAAGCCAAAGAAGGCGCCUGCAAGGGGAAAGAAGGCCAAGGAGGUAGAAAAGGCCAAACCCGAGGAGAAGAAAGAGGACGAGAAGCCCGAGGCUGAGUCUGAGGAGAAAACUCCAGCGGAGAACGGAGAGACCAAAGCUGAUGAAGAGGACAACGGCGAGGAGGAAAAGGACGACCAGAAAGAGGGAGCUGCUAAAUAACGUUGAUUACAUUGUCACCAGAGCUCCCGUACCUCUUUUCUUGUACAAUACAGAGGAAUAUUUUUAUUGACUAUUUUCUAAAAGCAAAAAAAAAAGCAGGUUUUUUAGUAGUUCGAUAUUAGAAGCUCAUUUUAUAGACAACUUUCAAGAGAAAAGCCUUAGAAGAGGGAUUCCAUCUUUUCCCACUCCAGUUUUUCCUGAAGAAGAUUUGCAGUCAUGAAACAACUAAUGACUACUACUUCUUGUUGUUGUUAUUGUUUUGUUUUUUUUGUUUUCUGACUCUGUUUUGUUUUUAAAAAAGGGAGGGGAGUGGAACAGGUUGCAACAGAUCAUGCGAUUGCGCCAUUUUUAAAAUUUAUACAUGAAAUUUCUUAAAACUGGGAGCGUUUGCCUGAGACACUAACAUUCCAUAGGCAAUGUGAUGGACGUCUGUAUGUAGCCUGUAUUGUAUGGGAAGGGGGUUCUGUAAGGAAAUGCUUUUGUUUUUGUUUUUUUUAGUUUUUUUUUGUUUUUUAUCAUUAUUGUAAGCUGUAUCCUAUCAAUUGAAACCUCUUUAUUCAAACCGAUUUAUGAAUCAACGGCUUUGAUCGAUGAUCCUGCUCACUAGUACUGGAACACUCAUCAGAUUUGUGAUUUACAUUGACUUUUGUCUCUGUGUGGUGAUAGCAUUGCAAUAACAUUGUUGUAUAGCUGCUGUGAAAAGGUUUUCAUAAUUUCUAUAUGCAGUAUGUGAUGGUACUUUAAGAGGAUGAAAAAUGGAAUCGUGUGUGUUAGCAAAGCUAAUAACAGAGCUGUGUUACAGUGUUAAACAUGCAGGUUGUAGCUGAUGUUAUGAAAAAUUACUGUAAUUUCUUUCACGUGACCAUGCCAGCAGUAGCUAUAUCAAGGUUUUUAGGUUAAAAGUACACAUGUACAGUUUCUUUUUUUAUUUCUGUUUUUUUUUAUGUAGCUGUAUCUGUAAUGAUUGGUAUGAUAUGCCAAUAAAAUGGGUGUAAUUUCACCAUGA